AUGCGCACAGACUAUCGACUUUUUAUAGAACGAGAACAUCUUUAGCGCGUUAAAGCUAGCUAGACUGAUGAGAAACUACUGGCGAUGAAGAUGUCAUAAAAUUAUUGACUUGAGCACUAUACAUAGCGUGUCGUACACACAAUAGAAUAAAUGUAUUGAGGUAGUUACAUGGCAGGCAGACAGGCCGUUUAAUGCUUCCAGCAAUGAAUCGUCCGUCUCUCUCCCCCUGGCUUUUCGAAGAAAAAAAAUGUUAGCUACUUCUUUGAAACUCAGAUCGGUUACGCUGCCUAUUAUACUCUCCCCAUGUCCGUAGACGUGGAUUGGUCGAAACUAGACGACUCUUUAGCAGAGAAAGUGAAGGAAUUCCUCAAUGAGCACUUUAAAAAGAUAACGAAGCCUUCCUUUAUUGGAGAAGUUCAAGUCGUCAAAUUUGAUUGGGGUACCGAGCCGCCUCAAAUUGAAAUCACUCAUAUAACCGAACCAUUGGACGAAUUCUACGCAGAUGAUCUAGAAGAUGUGGAACCGGCGUCUUCUCAAGAUGUGGAAAGUGUCUCUACUUUAAUGCGAGACAUGCCUAGUAGCGCAAAUAGCUACAUAGCGGCGAGCAAAGCUGAGUCAACCGCUGGUCCAUCACAAUGGCAUAGCGACAUGCCUUAUUACAACACAACUCCGGGUAGCAACGGAAACAAUACUGGAUAUGGAGAGGCCAGCAUUUCCAAUUCAAGUAUAUCGAUGAACCAGCACGAGCUUCGUAAUGGGAAUCAAUUUCCCACCACCACACCAGCAUUUAAUGCAUAUUUGUUGAAUAGCUUUCAUCGGUCACCUUUGGUAGCGCCACAUCACCCAUUCUCAUCCCACCAACAUCAAAGCUAUUUCUCACCAACACAAUCAGCACCCAUGUCACCGACACUAUCCCAUACAACGCCACGGCCGUCAUCGUCGCUCCCCACCUCCAACAUUGAUUCCCAUCGUAGUGUGAUUUCCACUGGGACCAUGGAUCCUUCUUUGUAUCGCUCAGACGGGUUAACCAAUGCAGGAUCCACGCUGGAUCUUCAGGACUGGAUAGAUGAUGUGGAAAUUCCUCGCGGGAUUACAAUUGCUCAUUCCGGAUCGCAAGCAGCCAUGGAUGAUACUGCUGCCGAAGAUGAAGCCAAACUAAAAUUGGAGCAAAGUAAAACCGAAAGUGACUUUCAAGUUCACUUUUCGGUGUCCUAUAAAGGAGAUAUGGCUAUGACUAUCCUAACUGAGCUUAGAAUGAAUUAUCCUAGUGUGAUGUUUAUGAGUUUACCAAUGCAGCUCCGGGUCACUGCUAUUGAGUUCGAAGCCACUGCUGUGGUUGCCUAUUUGAAAGGAAUGAAUCGCGUCUGUAUAUCUGUGCUCGAGCCCGAAGAUGCGGAACUUGAAGGAGCUCCCACCACCAUCCGAGAUUUUGGAAGCCUAUUACGAAAUGUGCACAUAGAAUCAGUCGUCGGUGAUGAGCAAAAGCAAGUGCUCAAAAACGUAAACAAGAUUGAACGCUUCAUUAUUGAUCAAUUGCGCAAAAUAUUGGAUGAUGAACUGGUAUUCCCUAGUUACCAGUGUGUACAAAUGUCAUAGUAAACGAAACGGUCAAAAACAAUUCAUUGUACAGUAGAACCACAAGAAGGCAGAUGUUUCAAAAUAUAAAAAUAUUGUCUAGAGGAUAAAG